AUGCCACCGGAACCGGACGACUCAUCGGUGGCCUCUACCGCCGCGGCAGAAAGCUACACGAAGGUCCUUCAGGGCAGGUACGACCUCGGCCGCGUCCUCGGCCGGGGCGCCUCGUCUAAGGUCUACCACGCGUGCGACGUCCGCUCGGGAGUCUACGUCGCCGUCAAGGCUGUCCGGAAGCCGCACCACCCGUGCUCGCCAGAGGACGCCGCGGCAGCGCGCCGGUCAGUGGAGCGGGAGCUCGCCGCGCUCCGCCGCGUCCAGGGCCACCCACACGUCGUGCGCCUCCUCGACGUCCUGGCCUCCCGCUCCACCGUGUACCUCGUGCUGGACCUCGCACGCGGCGGCAGCGUCCAAUCCGCGCUGGAGGAUAGGGGACGAUCCGAGGAGCCCGCCGCCUGCCGGCUCUUUGGGCAGCUCGUCUCUGCGCUGGAGCACGCGCACGCGCGGGGCGUGUUCCACCGGGACGUGAAGCCGGAGAACCUGCUCCUGGACGAGCGCGGCGGACUCAAGCUCACCGACUUCGGGCUUUGCGCCUUCGCUAACCGCCAGCUCGGUGCCGACGGGCUCACGGCCACGGCCUGUGGGUCCCCUGCCUACGUCGCUCCGGAGAUCCUCCUCAAGAAGCGCUACGACCCCGUCAAGGCCGACGUGUGGUCAUGCGGCGUCGUGCUGUUCUCGCUCACCGCCGGCUACCUACCGUUCAACGACGGCAACCUCAUGGGCAUGUACCGCAAGAUUUGCUCGGGGAAGUUCCGGUGCCCCAAGUGGUUCUCCUCGGAGCUCCGGUCCCUCAUCGGGAGGAUGCUGGAUCCGGAGCCUGAUAGACGCAUAAAGGUUGGUGAAAUCUUAAGCCACCCUUGGUUACAACAAGAUGGCAUGUCCAUCCCAGUUCCAGUUGCUUCUUCUUGUCAUCCUACACCUGAGGUGGUGAAAUGGGAAGCAGAAUCAGAGCUGGCAAGGGAGAUGAAUGCAUUUGGUAUCCUUACAUUCGCGUCAGGGUGUGACCUGAGCGGCUUGAUCGGGACUUUGCCAGAUAGGGCUCGAUUUGUUGUAUCGAGUUCGAGUAUAAAUGCCAGGUCAAUCUUGGACAAAGUUGAGGAGCUAGGGCGUGAAGAAGGGUUCAGGAUGAGGAGGAAGGAAGAGGCAGGGUUUGGAGGGAUUCUAUUUGAAGCAAUGGACGGGAAAUUCGUCGCGCAAGCAAGUGUUCAUCUGCUGCACGAGGAAAUGUUGCUUGUUGAGGUUGAAAGAGCUAGCAACGAAGAGGUGCCAAAAUUUUGGGAGAAACUUCAAUCAAAUCUUAAAUUCUCAGCAAACUGA